AUGGCAUCCGCGACCGAGACUACCGGCCUCGUUCGCCAUGCGUCGGAGCAGACGAUGGCGGUGCCACGCCCGCGCUUCUCGCCUUGGGGCCUGCUCAUCGGAGUCCCGCUGCUGCUAAGCCUUGGCUGGUUCGCCGCCGAGUGGUGGCAAUCCCCCGCCGCAGCCUUUGUCUGCGACCCACACGUCGUGCAGUCGUCCGGCUACAUGCACGUCGCGCCGCAGACGCAGUACUUCUACUACUUCUUUGAGUCGCGCGAUCGCCCAGAGUCCGACCCGCUCGUGCUCUGGCUCAAUGGCGGGCCCGGGUCCUCAAGCAUGCUCGGGCUCUUCCUCGAGAACGGACCGUGCCUUGUCCAGAGCGAUGGCCGCCUCGCGUACAACGAGUAUGCGUGGAAUACACGUGCCAACGUCAUCUACGUCGACCAGCCUGCGUCGGUCGGUCUCUCGUUGGGCCCGCUGAGCGCGCCGAUGGCUAUUGGGCCCAACAUGCUGCAGUUCUUGCGCGGCUUCUUCGCCUUGCACCCGGACCUCGCGCGCCGACCGCUGUACCUCACGGGCGAAAGCUACGCCGGGCAUUACAUUCCUGCGAUUGCAACGACGCUCUUGUCGGCCAACGAGAGCGCUAUCAACCUCCAAGGCAUCGCGAUCGGGAACGGGCUCACCGACACGGACAUCCAGGCGCAGCACCAGCUCGAUAUGGUAAACAACCAGUACAACGUGACGCUUGUGCCGUCGUCGCACCUGGCCGAGCUGCAAGCCAUGGCGCAUGACGUGACCACGCGCAUCCGCGCCUGCCGGACGGCCAAGAACGACUCGGUCUGCGAAGACGCGGCGCUCGCCUUCAUCACGUUUCAGGGCUCGAUGGAGAGCUAUGCGCCGACCCGCAACAGCCUCGACAUUCGCCAAGAGUGCAUCGACGACGUGUGCGAAGCGCCCAUGAAGGCGGUAGCGACGUUCCUCAACCGCCCGGACGUCCAGGCGCAGCUUGGGCUACCAUCUCCUGUCGUCUACCGCAGCGACAACCCUAAGUACAUGGAGCCCUUCCUCAUCGACAUUGUCACCAACUAUGCGCAUCAUGUGGAAGCAAUCUUGGCGGCCAACGUGCCCGUCCUCUUGUAUGCGGGCGACGCCGACCUCCAAUGCAAUUGGCAGUCGAUUGACGCGUGGUCCUCGGCCAUGAAGUGGGCGCAGACCUCCGGCUACAACAAGACGACGCUGCAGCCCUACCUCGCCGCCGACGGCCGCACGGUCGGCCAAGUUCGCGCCCAUGACCUCCUCACCUUUGUACGCAUCUUCGACGCAGGCCACCUCGUGCCGUCGGCACAGCCCCAAGUCUCGCUCGAGUUGCUCAACACCUUCCUCGCCCGCGCGUCGUUCGUCUAG